CAAACAGGGUUAUAAAUUUUCGUAAUAAUUUCUUACGUAGUAAAUGUUAGUCUUCCUUAAAAAGCAAAUGAAUCAAUGAUAAUUAGCUUCAUCAUCAUAAGCCAUGGAUGAGCAAAUAAUCACGAGAAUUCUAGUCUGUUUGCCUCCAAAAUCAGUUUACAGAUUCAGGCUCGUAUCAAAGUCAUGGAACCAUUUGAUUUCCCAUCUCUUUUUCAUCCAGAGAUACGACAGCCAGUUGAGGCGGCGCGGCGGUGCUGGUAUGUUGGCGUUGUUUCAAGAUGCAUUAGUGCGGCCUGAUUACCUCCGACCGGGAAACGAAAAGGUAAAGAAAUCUUUGAUGAACAUACUCCCUCUUGACCUGCCCGGCAAUUGCAAAAUCCAAUACAAUUAUCUAGAACUAGAACUAGGCAAUUUCAUAAAUUCCUCUAAUGGUUUGGUCCUUUGGGGCGGGCGUGAGACAGACAAGUACUACGUUCUUAACCCGAUGACAAAGCGGGUUGUGACGUUACCAUCCCCGCCCCCGCCCUCGGGGAGUGACACAUCCAUCGGGUUGAUGUGUCAAGAGAACACACGAGAACUGGCAGCCAAGUACAUCGUCGUCCGAACUGAUUGUGUCAGCCAACAGGGAAGGCAUACUUUGAGGAUGGUGACUUAUUCUUCUGAGAGAGGCAUCUGGGCCGUGGCCGAACCUACAGUGAUCGCCCCCGCGGGAGAAUACUUGCCUGGUGUGUUUAAAGGUGCCCCUUUAGUGAUGAAUGGUGUUUUUCACUGGUACAUGUACUCGUUCAGAUUAACACUAGCACUUUAUCGUCCCAGUGAAGAGCAAGUCCAGGUCAUCAAUAUCCGCCACUAUGAUGGAAUUGGUCAAUACUGGAUCUCCACAGCUAUGACAAGGUCAUUCAUUGAGGACGAUGACAUGUUACUGUUCGGGGGCAAUGAUGCCGUAACUAUGAGAGUUUUCAUGCUGACUAAGGAUAGUGAAGAUGGGGCUAAUCCGCGCCCAAGUGCUGUGACUGCUCAAGAAUGGAUGUUGAUGUACGAUAUCAGUGUUGAUUCGAUCUGGAACGACAUCGGCUUACUGUCAUCAGCCGGGAGAGGGAGGUUUUUCGUAGAGGCCUUCAUUCCGCUUAAUAAUAAGAAGGCUCUCAUUGCUCUUAUUCGUUGGGUACCACGCGGGAAGGUGUACCUUUACAACCUGGACAACAAAUCCAUCCAGUCCAUUCCAUGUCAUGGAAAACCUGUAGUUACCUCCCAGCAGUUGAAUUUACUUGGCUAUACCUAUCCUUAUUACUUAGAACCUUCCUCUCUUUCUGCAUAUGCUCUUUAGCUAUUAUUCUAUUAAUAUAAUCGAGGUGUUCUUUCUUGAACUCUUCUCUAUAUAUGGAUUAAGAUGAACAACUUUUGCUGCAACCAAUAUCAAUGGCCAAAUGUGGUGUGAUUCCUUAUGUUGUGACCUCUUGAAUUUUAAGCAUGAGAGCCCACAUCCAACUUAAACUUUUAUAUGGCCAAAGGCAUUCUUCUAUGUAAACUUUUAUUAAACAGUAAACUUACUCUAAGGAAGUGUUUGUAAAUGCUUUUGCUUAAAA